UCUGUUUUAGGGGAGAGGAGGCCAACCGAACCAAGCCCCAGUGGGGAACUGACACCACCACCACCUGUGCCGUCUCCAUCGGUUCCGGUCGCCGUCGCUGGUGUUGUGCCACUGUUGCCGAGCUGCCGCCAUCGGAAGGGAGGCUGUUGCCGCAGCCCUGGCCACCGGUGACCCAUCGCCAUAGAAGCCAUCGGCCCUAAGUCACGAUCUUGAGGGGCUGGUGCAGUCAAUUCAGCGAUAGCGUUAACUAGUCGACAUCCUGCUCCAACCGGUUGAGUCUUGGACUCACUCUCGUGUUUUAAUGUUUUAGAGAUGUAUGGGAGUUGAAAUUCUUCACAUAGUUUAACAUGUGACUCGUGAGAUUUUAUCAUUAUUGUUAGAUGUCAAUGGAGGCUGUACCAAUUAAAGAAUUUCUACUGGUUUGAUCUACUCGUCUUAUGUGACCGUUGCUGCUAAAUUUAAGCUCUGAAUUCUCACACUUACAAUGCCAGCACUUCGGACUUUUUGUCUUUAUCACCUGAAAUCUGCAGUCAUUUAAACCAAAUAUUUAAAUGAUUAUUCAUGAUGUGUUAUGCACACAAUCUUGAGGUCCCUAUGCCAAGCUUCCAGGUUUUGUUGCCUCCAUCCAAUCUCUGUUUAUGUUUAGGUGUAAAUUGAAGAAUCUAAUAUAUUUAGACAACAUACAUUUAGAAUCUCUGUUUGUGCUAUAUCAAAAAAUUUCAUUAACAAUAUAUACUAUUUUAACACAGUUAAUCAAUGGAUUUAAAAGCUAUUAAGAAGUUGCUACUUUCCCCUAGACCAAGCGAAGACUACCUGGCUGGGGUAGAUGGUUUUCUUGAUUUUGCAUAUAGAGGAAAAUGUUCAAAUGCCAAGAUCCGUUGCCCAUGUGUCAAAUGUGUUAAUAGGUGGUUACUGAAGCGGAACGAUGUGUACAAUGAUUUGGUAUGUGAUGGAAUGCUACUUGGGUAUACUAUUUGGGGUUGUCAUGGUGAAACUGCAGCAUACAUCUCCGCUAGCAAAGAGUCACAGUCGCAAUACCAAGGAAUAAACUCUAAUAUGCGUCAGCUAGUACACGAUGUUUAUGGAAACAUAGGCAAUGAAUCUCCACUGGAUGAACCCGACAUCCCAAAUUCUUCUAAACCUGGACCAGAUUCUGAAAACCAAGAUUUCUAUGACUUGGUGAGAAAAGCAGAUGAACCUUUAUGGGCAGGGUGUGAACUAUCGAGACUCUCAUUUCUUGUACUUUUGUUUCACAUAAAAUCCAUUAACAAGUGGAGCAAUAAAUCUUUAAAUGAUUUGCUUUAUCUUCUACAACAAGCAAUUCCAAAUGGUAAGAAUAUACCUGGAACAUUUGCUGAGGCUAGGAAGAUAACUGCAAAGCUUAGGCUUACGUAUGACAAAAUUCUUGUUUGUCCAAACAAUUGCCAACUUUAUCGGAAAGACAAGAAAAGUGACGACUUCUGUUCCAAAUGUGGAACUUCAAGGUGGAAAAACAAACCAGAUAAAACAACUCUAACUAAGAAGGAAAGAAAGAAAUCAACCCCGUGUAAGGUGUUACGGUACUUUCCAAUUAAACCAAGGCUCAAGAGGUUGUUUAUGCAUAAAGAAACAGCUAUAGCAGCAAGAUGGCAUGAUGACGAGCAUACAAAGGAUGGGGCAUUGCGUCAUCCAGCUGACUCAAAGGUUUGGAAGAACAUUGAUUCUAGGUAUCCAGAAUUUGCAUCAGAUCCUCGAAACAUUAGAUUUGGAAUUGCUAGUGAUGGGUUCAAUCCGUUUGGGAUGAUGAGUUCCACUUACAGUUGUUGGCCCGUCGUCUUAAUACCCUACAACCUUCCUCCUUAAUUAUGCAUGAAAGCUUCUUCACUUAUGCUUAGUCUAAUUAUUCCUGGCCUAUCUUACCCUGGAAAGCAGUUCCAUAUAUUUAUGGAGCCUGUUUAUGAGGAACUAAUUGAGUUAUUUGAGGUUGGGACACCUGCAUAUGAUGCAUCACGAGAUGAGAUGUUUCAACUUCGUGCUAUUGCAUUGUCUACUGUGAGUGACUACCCUGGGCUUGGGAUCUUUGCUGGAUUUAGCAUUAAUGGUGAGUUUGCUUGUUUCCCAUGUCAUGAAGAAACAUGUUCUAAAUGGUUGACACAUGGGCGCAAGUAUUGUUUCAUGGGACAUCGUCGAUUUCUACCUCCAGAUCAUGAGUUUCAGUAUGAUGGUAAUUCUUUCAAUGGUUGUGAGGAACAUAGAACAGAGUCUAUUGCUUAUUCUCAAACUUCAAUCCUACAAAAGAUAAAGGCAAUUGAUAAUUUUGAGAAGUCAAAAACUUGGAAGUGUGUCUGCGGCCUAUUUUCUUUGCCUUAUUGGGACUUCAAUUUACUCCGUCAUAAUCUUGAUUUUAUGCAUAUUGAGAAGAAUGUAUGUGAGAAUAUAUAUGGGAAGCUGCUAGGAUUGGAUGGCAAGUCAAAGAACAAUCUACAAGCACGGCUAGACCUACAAGAAAUGAACAUUAGAUCAGAGCUGCAUCCCAAAAAAGAGCUAAUGAUAAGUAUUACUUGCCUCCUGUUGCUUAUACCAUGUCUAAAAAAGAGAAGCAACAAUUUUGUAAAGUCCUUCAUGAUAUAAAAGUUCCAGAUAGCUAUUCAGGAAACAUCUCAAGAUGUGUAAACAUUGCCCAAGGGAAAAUUUCAGGUCUUAAAAGUCAUGACUGCCAUAUUCUAAUCCAACAACUUCUACCUGUUGCUUUGCGAGGUCUACUUCCAGAUAACGUUACAUCUGUCUUGUUUGAUCUUUGCGGAUAUUUUAGAGAACUUGGCGCAAAAGUCCUCUACAUGGAUGACCUUAAUAAGUUAGAGGAGAGAAUUAGAAUGACAUUAUGUCGAAUGGAGAUGAUAUCCCCACCUGGAUGUUUUACUAUUAUGGUGCAUUUGGUUAUUCAUUUAGCAACAGAGGCAAAAAUUGGUGGUCCAAUAUGUUAUCGUUCGAUGUACUUUGUGGAAAGAUACCUUUGUGUGCUGAAGUCAUAUGUGCGUAAUAAAGCUCAUCCAGAGGGAUCUAUCGCUGAAGCAUAUUUGGCAGACGGGUGCAUGAUAUUUUGUUCAAGAUAUAUUGAAGGUUUUGAGACCAAGCAUAACCGGUCUUCAAGGAAUAAAGAUAACGAGUUGGUUGGGCAUUAUGAUGUUGAACAAGGAUCAGCUCUCUUUCCUCGUGUUGGAAAACCACUUGGAAAGCUCAGUAGUUAUGUUAUAAGGGGUUUGUCUAAAGUACAAGCACAUAGAUAUGUGUUGUUCAAUUGUUCAGAUGUCAAUGCAUACCUUCGAGCUCAUGCUGAUGAGAUCACUAGUAAGCACCCUCGACGCCGUGUCAACCCAAGAUUAUUGAGCGCAUGCAAAGCGAGAAGUUCCAUGAAUGGUUUAGAGCUCAUGUAAGUCCCAUAUUUCACAUUUUUUAUAUGUACCACACAAGACAUCUGCUUACUUCUAAAUAUACAGAUAAUAGGUUUAGAGAGGAAAAAUGGCAUCGACAGUAUUAAAGAAGGUAUUAGAUGGCUUGCUCGUGGUCCUGUUGAAGCAGCAAAAAGAUAUCAUGCUUUCAACUCUCGUGGCUUCCAGUUUAGGCCUAAACGCUUGGAUAGAGUGACACAAAACAGUGGGGUAGUGCUAACUGCAAAAACAUCGAGUUAUGCUACAGUAGGUGAUGCAAAUCCAAUUUUAGGUGAUGUGACUUACUAUGGGAGGGUGAUCGAUAUUAUUGAGCUGAACUACUCUGGUAAAUUUUCAGUGGUGUUGUUUAAAUGUGAAUGGGUUGAUGUUAUUUCUGGAAAAGGAAUUAAAAAAAGACAAGUAUGGCUAUACACUUGUCAACUUCUCACAUCUGAUACACAAAGGAGAAAAGAUUGAGCAUGAGCCUUCAUUUUUCCUAACCAGGCUGAUCAAGUGUUUUAUGUGGAAGACGCAACAAACCCGGGUUGGUCUGUGGUAAUGAAGAUGAAACCUAAAGAUAUAUAUGAUACAGGCAACGAGGAAUGAGCUGAGAACAUAGAAACUGAGCCGUUCCAUGUUUCACACCUUAGGGAGAUGUUCAAAAAUGCAAACAAUAGUCAACAUUGGGUUAGAACAGACGUUGAGGGAACAAUAGUUGAUGCUAAUAAUAAUUCUUUGAAUAAUGAGGCAUAGUGCAGGAUGAUAUUUUCUUGACUUAUUUGGUAACUUUAAGGUACACGCAUUUUGAAUUUAAUCACCUUCCUUGCAUGCUCUUGUAUCAUAUAUAUCCAUAUGCCAAGCUUUCAGGUACUGGAUCAAUUCUAUGAACCAAAUGAUGGUUGUUUGCUGCUGACGCCAUGAGGAUAGCAAAGCUGUGCAUGAUACUUGCAUCAUGUCUUCUGGAGGUUGUCUUUGAUCAUGUUCAUUAUUCCCGGGACACAAAGUUGAGCAUAAUGGUUGUACUUAUAGGUGUUGCAGUCUGCAUGGUUACCGAUGUCAGUGUGAAUGCAAGGGUCUAAUUGCGACUGUUAUAGCUAUUUGGAGCACAUCUUUGCAACAAUACACUGAUUUUUAGAAGGGAAGGCAUGGCUGAAACAUGGAUUUUUGGAGCCUUUCAUUGCUGAAGCGUCGGUGGCUAGCAAUUUUGCUGGAGAUGGUUGUAGCUGAAACAUGAUGGCUAGUUUGUUGCGAUGAAGCAAUACAUUGGUUGUGGGUGUCAGUUCUGACAAUCUUCACAAGCAUUUUGAAGAAGAAUUGACGCGUAACAUAGGUUCCCAAAAAGGAAAAGGUUUGAUAAUGUGGCUCUAGUUUGAUUUAAAGAAAAUUACAAUGUCCAUUUAGUAGUUUGCUUAUGUUUAGCAAAAGACUUAUUGUGGCAAGGAAUAAUUAAUGAAGAUGUAUAAGACCUGUGGGUAUGUAAGUUUUGUAAAUCUAUAAUCUGAGUUGAGUUUAGAUUUGCUUGUUUCUAGAGAACACUUAAGCCAUGAGCCAUGCAAUGCAUGAUUGUAUAUAUAUUCAGAUCGUAAUUGACUGACUAGCAGAAUAAAGAUUACCCGAUGAUGACC